AUGGCACCCCGAAGAACCACCCGCCGGUCCGCUGGCGCUGCUGCAGACACUGCGACACCCUCAGCAACAGCAACAAAACCGAAACCGAAAACCACUACUCCCGCGACUACCACCACCACCACCAAGUACGAAUCGAAACCGGUCCCGAAACAGGUCACCUUCCCCGCGCGCCGGAAAAUUGUCAAGACAUAUGGACAUCACAAGACCCGGCGGUCUCUGCCGGCGCGGUUGGAGUUGGAGGGGGAGGAGGAAGGUGACGAUACGCCGGUUUCGGAAGGGAAUAAGAGGCGGAGUUUGAGGCAGCAGACGUUGACGCAGAUUGAUUAUGUGCGGUCUUCUUCUGGGAGUUCGGGGGGAGAGGCGGGGUUGUUGAGGGUGGAAGUUGUGGGGGGGGAGGAAGAGGUCAAGGUUGAGGGUACGAAUUCGGGCGAUAAGAGGAGGACGGCGCCUAGGAAAACGAAACGGAGGAAGACGGCGGGGGAUGCGCCGAUUCCUGGGUUGGAAAGGAAAGGGUCGAGUUUUCAUACUCAGACUUUGACCCAGUUUGUUGGGAAAUCUGGACUGCGCUUGGGCGAAACUGGUGAUGACGACGAGCUGCGGGUGGACGACGACGGGGACGAGGUUAAGGACUUGCCUCUGCCUGUGAGCAACACGCCGGUUAAACGUCCCGCAGCCUCAAAGAAGGGAAAGGGCAGGGUUGUCUCCGCGCCAGACCCGCACACGCCCAGCAACAAACGCAUCAAGGUCAAGCUCGAGGAGGUACCGUCCUCUCAGACGACACCGUUCACACCGUUACUGGGCCACAGUCCGCUCAAGCUGGAGCGGUCUCCGCUGACGCAGAAGUCAACAAAUUUGGACGCGCCGCUGCCGACGAUGGAGACCGUUUCCAAGAUCCCACGGACGCUGGUCAUCCAGGACAGUUACAGCGUAGGGAGCAACAGCAGCGUGGGAUUCCCUUCCUCUUCCGCGGGGGACAUACUACAAGAAACACGAGACACGCCCAAGAAGGAGGAAGAGCGGACAUCCACCACCCAGGACCGGGCACCGCUGGCGGAAAUACCAAUCGGGAGCAUCGAGCUUGGUGUAGAGUCCACACCGGCUGGGGAGACGCCGACGGCACGGAAGAAGCGGAUGUUCGUUGAGAUUCCUGACUCGGAUGAGGAGCUGGAGAGUGUUGGGUCGACGCCGUUUAAGACACGGUCGACGCAGCAAACUCCGCGAUCGAAACGUCAGAUGGUAGAAGACGGCAACGAACACAGCGACUUUAAGAUUGCCGCUGAUCCGGCGUCGACACCGAGGGUUCGGGGCGCUGUGGCGUCGAAAACGCCGGUUAGCACGGGCCGAUCUGAUAAGGAGAAUGAGACGCCGGUUGUUGCGGUGCUGGAGGAUGAGGAUGGGGAUGAGAAUGCGGAUGAGGGGAUGGGAGAGAGAGAGGGAACGCCGACUCCGACGCAGGGGAGGAAAUCGCAGGCGGCCAGUCGGGGGAGCCAAGUUACACCGAGGACUGCGUCGCAGUUUUGGACGGCGUGGCGUCGGGCGCCGGGUGGGGAUGUUGGCGGGUUUGGCGCGAUGACGGGGAGUAGUGCACGCGAGGCGUUGACGGAGUUGCCUGUGGCUGUCGAUGAGGAGCCGGCUAGUUCGCGAGAUAAACGAGGUGGUACGCCGACUGUUGGGUCGCAGUUUCAUGGGAGUAUGGGGGAAUCGGAGGGGAGAGCGCGCAGGGCUACGCCUGAGAUUGAGGAUACGGAUGAAACUGCCAGCGAGGCGGAGGAGGAAAGCCUUGACGAACAACGGCCACCGUCGAUUCUCCGCAAGCCCGGCUCACAGAGGACGCCGCGAGGCACGAGCGCGAAGAACAGCAGGUCUAGCCCUCCUAUCGGCACGCGUGACGAAAACGGACCAGCCGCGACCUCACCGGCCGUUAGGAAAGUUCAGAUCGCCGUUCCAGAUUCAUCCGCGGAGGAGGUCUACAAAGAAACGCCGCGGAAGCCAAGGUCGCACAAGUCAUCGCCCAUCUACCAGCGACAAACCCAAACACGGCACACCCAAGCCCGGUCGCAAUACUACAGCCAGUUCGAGAGCCAGCGCGUUCCCAUGGACGUCAUCCGGUCCCUCGGCCCCCAAACGGACCGGUCCGACAUCAUCAUCUCGCUCCACCCCAAAAUCGUCGAAAACAUCACCAACGGCGCGCAAGACCACGAGUUCCGCAACUACAAGUUCCCCGUGCAGGUCGUCCGCUGCUGGAUCUACACCGACCUGCCCGUGGGCGAGGUCAAGUACAUGGCCACGCUGGGCCCCGCGCAGGAGCCUGGCCAGCUGGACAGACACACGGGCUUUGGCAACGCCGAGUUUAACGAUGGGACCUCGGGGUACCGCUACGCGCACAAGCUGCGGCAGGUGUAUCGGCUGAAUAACCCGGUGCCGCUGGCGGAUAUGGCGGAGCAUGGGAUGGGGGAUGGCGCGCCGCAGCGGUAUCGGUAUUUGCCGUUGGCCGUGGUCGGGCAGUUGUUGGCCAACUUGCGGUGUCCGUUGUUUGCGGACGAGGAGGGGGAUGAAGAUGGUGAUGAUGAUGACGAGUGCGGUAACGAGGGUGGAAUGACGAUUUCGCAGGAGCUGGAGGAUCAACUGCGCACUGAUAUCCUCCACUCGACGCAGAAACUCCAACGGCACCGUCCCGUUAACGAAGACGAACAGCACGAAGAACAAGACGAAGAAGAAGAAGAAGAAGAAGAUAUCAUCCCCGCCAGCCAAAGCCCAAUCAAGAACCGCUCUACACGCAACACCUCUCACACAACCACCACAACCACCACCCGGUAUUACCAACCUCCCCGCACCUCUACAAGGGGCAGCAGCAGAUCCCAAGUCCGCCCGUCCCAAGCAACAACCGCCUCAGACCCCUCGCAACCGUCCGAGCCCGCGGAUAUACCACUACCACCCCCGCGUCAUCGAGCCCGCUCGCCCAUUCGAAUUCUUACCUCCUCGUCCUCUGCGGCGGCUUCGGUGGUCGGUUCCGACCCGGCGUCUGUUCCACGCCCGCCGCUGCCGGACGAGGAGUCCAGCGGGCUUUCUUCGGUGCCGUUGCCUGGGUUGGGGUAUGGGUAUCGGUAUGGUAGCACUGGCACGGGUAGGGAUGGAAGCGGAAACGGGAAUGGAACCGGGGAGGACCCGCCCAUGUCGUUGUCGAGGGCGAGAUUGUUGCUGUCGUCUUCGCAGGUGGGUGUGUUGCCGCCGGAUAGCUUGUUGUUGGAGGAUGUACGGAUGGCGCCGCCGCCUGUGGAGGUUUGGGAUUCGGAUGAGGGGGACGUCUAG